AUGGGCAAAUUUGUCGUAUCAGAAUUCCUUUGCGAACAGCGCAAAGAGCUUCCAGUAGCCUCCACAGAUAUCAGUGACAAGUCAAUCCUCGUAGUCGGGGCAAAUGUGGGCCUGGGCUUUGAGGCAUCCGUGCAUUUGGCCCAACUUCGGCCCAAGCACUUGCUCGUCACAGCCAGAGAUGCCACAAAAUGUCAGCAAACAAUAGCAGAUGUCCAACAGCGGGCAAGCAUCGAUACGAUCGAUGCACGGCCCUUAGAACUCGGCUCGUUCGAGUCGGUAUCCCAAUUUGUGAACCAGUUUGAAGAGGAGGGCUUCCAGAUAAACGCCCUAGUUGCUAAUGCUGGGAUACAAACUACGCGUUACUCAAAGACCGUGGAUGGUUGGGAGACGACGCUUCAAGUGAAUUACUUGUCAACAGCGUUAUUGAGCAUCCUCAUGCUGCCUCAUCUCCUUGAGACCUCGACACCUCAGUCUGCGUCGAGACUUAUCAUAGUUUCAAGCGAGCUCCAUUACCUCGCGAACAAACUUUCAGGAGCCGACCGAUGGCCGAGCAUUCUGGAGAAGCUUAAUGACCCAGACUACUGCACCUCCUCGGUCAUGAGCAAUAGGUACAACCUCUCAAAAAUGCUAGAAGUGAUGUUUGUGCGCGAACUCAGCUCCCGGCUACCUGAGCCAACACCUGUCGCAGUUUCAGCUGUCAACCCAGGGUUUUGUCAUUCCCGUUUAUCGCGUUCUACCGAAACAAACCCCUUCAAAACAUUAGGCGUCGCAACCGUGAAGGCCUUGCUCGCUCGCACCACGGAAAUGGGAAGCCGAACGCUUGUCCACCCUGUUGUUGAACCGGGUGAGCUCUCGCGACAUGGCCGUUACCUGUCAUGUUGUGAGCCGAAGGAGGAGAGCGAUUAUGUGAUUAGUACGGAAGGAAGAGAGGUUUCUAGACGCCUGUGGUUGGAGACGAUCGAUGUCUUAAGCAAAGCCGAUCCUAGGGUUCAGCGUAUUGUUGAUGAGCACUUGCGAUCGCGGUGA